CAAUGGGAGAAGCCCAUGGAUAUGGAAGUUAACCGUUUAGACUUCUACAUCGGUCUGUCUCUGGCUGUGAGCUCCAGUGCUUUUAUCGGUUCAAGUUUCAUCUUGAAGAAGAAAGGCUUGCUGCGAUUGGCCAGCAAGGGUUCAAUGCGAGCAGGUCAAGGGGGGCAUGCUUACUUGAAGGAAUGGCUGUGGUGGGCAGGACUUAUUUCAAUGGGAACUGGAGAGGCUGCCAACUUCGCUGCAUAUGCAUUUGCACCGGCCACACUGGUGACUCCUCUUGGAGCAUUGAGUGUACUUGUAAGUGCCGUGCUUUCCUCUUACUUUCUGAACGAGAGGCUGAAUGUGCAUGGAAAGAUUGGUUGUUUGCUGUGCAUCUUGGGCUCCACGGUGAUGGUGAUCCAUGCCCCACAAGAAGAGGAGGUUGCCUCCCUCAGUGCCAUGGCUGAGAAACUCAGAGACCCAGGUUUCAUUGUGUUUGCUGUGUGCGUUGUUGGAAGCAGCCUGGUUCUUGUCUUUGCUGUGGCUCCGCGGUUUGGACAGAAGAAUGUGCUGGUCUACAUCCUGAUCUGCUCUGUGAUUGGCUCCCUGUCUGUGUCUUGUGUCAAGGGCCUGGGCAUUGGCAUUAAGGAGCUGUUUGCUGGGACAGCAGUGCUGAAGGAACCCCUGUUCUGGUCCUUGGUCAUAUGCCUGGUAAUCUGCAUCAGCGUUCAAAUCAAUUACCUGAACAAAGCCCUCGACAUCUUCUACACCUCCAUUGUCACUCCCAUCUACUACGUCUUCUUCACCACAUCGGUCAUGGCCUGCUCAGCCAUUCUCUUCAAGGAAUGGUUGCGGAUGAAUGCUGAUGGAAUAGUGGGAACAAUUAGUGGGUUCCUCAUCAUCAUUUUAGGGAUCUUCCUCCUCCAUGCUUUCAAGGACAUUACAUUUAGCUGUGAUUCCCUCCCACUCUACUUGAGGAAGGGUUCUCAGGGCCUUCAAUGGGGGCAACAGCCUUAUGUGGCUCUUCCCAACCACGAAACGCAAGCACAGGAUGAGCAACUGCCAAGAGAAGGAAACUCCAUGGUGGGCUGGGGUACACAUCAGAUAGCUCCUUAGGAGUCUUGUCACGAAGGAGAAAAUUUGCUAAUUGCAAUUCUGAAGCUUUACUGCACAUCACAGCCUUACAAUGUGUGUACAAAGUUAGUUUAAUAAAUCUGACUUUUGAGUCUUACACAAUACAGCACUGGAUGAAGAAAGUUGCCUAAAGUAAGCAUAAACAUUUUUAGUUGUAACAUUAUAGUACAUCGACAUCUUCAGUUAAAAAAAAACUGAAGUAUAAUUUAUCAUUGUGGAUGUUUGUUGCGCUGCUGUUUACAUUUUUUUUUUUUUUUUUUUUUUUUUUUACAGUAUAUUGUUAAAAAAAAUGUAUUGGUGUAAUAUUCCUGCAUAUGACAGAUUAUGCCUUCUGUUACUGAAAACAAUAACCUUAUUUAUAGGUUUGCACUUUUAACCCCAGCAUAUAUUGUACAAAUGUAUGAUUUAGGACCAGUGUAAAGGCAAAAAAAAAAUUUGCCUGAAUGCAUUUUCAAUCAAAUUUGAGUAAUAACUCAGUAAUAUCAUAUAGAAGACAUAUCAUAUAUAUACAAACUGCACCAAAGAAUGUUCUUUUUCUGUGGAAUAAUUCCCAAAAUGUGCCAAGCUGUAACAUACCUGAUGUAACAGAACUUUGUGUGUGUUUGAUGAUUAAAACAAAACUACAGUGUGA